AACACACUUCCUCGACGUCGAGGGUCUUUUCGCUCGCUCGCACUCCUGCUGCUGCAGCUGCUGCCCUUCUUCGACAUCGCGAAUCCUCGAUCGAGCCUGAAUCUGAAGCUUAAGCUAUGGCGGCGACGGCCAAAACCGUGAAGGAUGUUCCUUCGCACGAGUUCGUUCGUGCAUACGCCGCCCAUCUGAAGCGGUCUGGAAAGAUUGAAGUGCCAGCCUGGUCCGAUCUUGUGAAGACCGCUACCUUCAAGGAGCUUGCCCCCUAUGAUGGCGACUGGUACUACAUCAGGGCAGCAUCCAUGGCAAGGAAGAUCUACUUGAGGGGUGGAAUUGGAGUCGGUGCUUUCCGCAAGAUUUACGGAGGCCGAAAGAGCAACGGUGUGCGACCCUCUCACUUUGCGAAGAGCAGUGGCUCCAUCGCUAGGAAUGUGUUGAAGCAGUUGGAGUCUAUCGACAUCAUCGAGAAGGAGCCCAAGGGAGGAAGGAGAAUCACAUCCGCAGGUCAGAGAGAUCUCGACCAAGUUGCCGGACGCAUCGCUGUUGCUGCAGCUUAAGCAGUCAAUCAAAUGCAGAUUUUCGUACAAUAGUUGAAACCAUCUGUUAGGGUAGAGAAACUGUGGGAUACUCGGGAAACCGUGGGCUGUGCCCACGUUGAGGCGUAGGUUGUCUUCGUCCUAUUGUGGAGCGAAUUAUCGUGCGCGUUGUCGCCGAAGAAUAUGAAAGUUAAGGUGUUCUGCCCUCAUUACACUCAUCUGAUUAAUUUCUAGAUAAAUUUUGACUUCAGUAAAGGCGCUGCCUUGAUUUCUUCGUUG